GGAAAACCCCACAAUUAAUUAGCUCACGAACCAACAAAAAAAAAAUAAAAAAAAAGACAGAGGGUUGAUACUCUCCAAACGCUGCUUACUACUCGAAGUACUGGUCUAUCUAUAUUUUCAUUCAGGAAAAUAUAUGUAUUCAUCUUAAUUAAAUUUACCACUGGGCUAGCUAUAUACCUAGGUAACCUUCAACAUGCCCACCGAGUUGGAGGAGCUUGUCGAAUUCCUUCAUCAUGGAAAUACUCAAAUCAGACAGAUCGCCUGUGAAAACCUCGUUGGUUUCUCAACUGCCCAGCCGAACUUAUUCAAACGCCAUCAGCUUCUGCCAGUACGAGAUUUGAAGCUUUUGGUGCGAGAUUACACUCCGAUCGCGAAAAAUGCCCUGACAAUGCUCAUCAACCUCUCGGCUGACCAAGAGGUGUUGGCCAACCUUGCGGAUGACGAUACUUUUCUUGAGACUCUCUUUACAAAGGUGACGAACAUCAAGGAGCCGAAUGCGGAUGAUGUGUCGAUGCUUUUCGCCAAUUUGAUCAAGUCGGAGAAAAUGAAGAAACUGCUAACCCUAAAACGAAGGGUUCCAGAGCCGGUGUCCACUUCGCCGAAUGCAAUGGAUCAACUGAUGGAUUGUUUCGUGAAAGGUGCCGAGGGCGCCCUCAACAAAAACGCCACCUAUGACUACCUGUCUUACGUGUUUGCCGACUUGUCGAAGUCUAAGGAAGGUCGGGCGUAUUUUACUUCGCGCCAGGAGUAUGAUGGUGUGGUGCCUGUAACAAAGCUUACUGUUUUCACCGAACAUCAAAGCUCGAUUCGGAGAAAGGGAGUUGCAUCAACAAUUAAGAAUGUCGCGUUUGACAUCCCAUUCCACCCCACCCUUUUCGCUGAAGAUGAAGGCAAUCUCCUCCCUUACAUACUGCUGCCGCUAGCAGGCCCGGAAGAGUUUGGCGAAGAAGAGACAUUGACUAUGCUACCAGACCUUCAGCUGCUACCCCCAGACAAAAAGAGGGAUAGCGACAACAGCAUUAUUGUAACACAUCUGGAAACGUUACUACUGCUAACAACAACUCGGGAAGGGCGAGAUAGAAUGAGGGAGGUACAGGUCUAUCCCAUCAUCCGAGAAUGUCAUCUGAACGUUGAUGAUGAGGAUGUUCGAGAAGCUUGCGACAGGCUGGUUCAGGUCUUGAUGCGGGACGAGGAGGGAGAAAAUGGUGGACAGCCUGGAGGUACACAGCGGGAACAUGAUGACCAGCAGGUGGUAGAGCUCUUUUGAGUUGGUGAAUACUGGUAGUUCCUUUACUUCUUUCCUUUAUCAAAUAAGAGCUUUUUGCUAGGAAUUAAUUGGCAAAGUGGAAGGCUUUCUAUUUGAACGAAGGCAGUGCAUGCCAUCUUAACGGCAUUGAACUCAAUGUUAGAAUAACAAAAGGAACAACUAAUUCAUGGCUCAGCUAAAGUAGGUCUUCAACAGAGGCGCUUUUCAUUGAAAGGAAGCGUAGCAAGCAACUCAACAUUGGCUGUAUCCGUUUCGCAUUGAUUCAUUUGCCCCUGAGCAGUCGAGUCCUUCUUAUGGAUUGCAUUUGGACCAUGAAAUUGCAAUGAGUCAAGAGUCACCCGGUAGGAAGCGCCUCUUCCUUGGCCGUCUGCAAUACGCAACAUUCGUCGCAUCGUGUUUGCAGCGAGAGUAGCCUGUCGAU